GGGAUCUAUGACAUUACACCAAUUCCGCCGAACCUUUUCUGAUUCCGGACCGCCGCCCAAGAGAAACAGGACGAAGUCCGUCCGCUUCGUUCAGGAACCAGAGAUCAAGUAUUUCUCGUGCUCAACCCCCAGUUACCCUUCUACUCCUGGAAAGUCUAGCAUUCCAUGGCCGGUUUCCUUCCCCGUAGACCUUAACGACAACACAUCCACUGGACCCGAGCUAACGCAACAUCCCUGGUCGGCUUUGGAAUGGGAUGACCCAUGCGCUGACAUCCCGGAACAACUCAUCAGGGGUCGAGUCCAGCACUCUACGGACGAUAAUCUUCUUUAUGACACGGACUCUCGUGAAGACGCUGACAAUGAUCGCGAAGAACUGGCUUUGAGUCGCUCGCUCGCGACGUCCCUGCCCAUGGCAAUCCCCCGCGCAGGACCUAGUUAUAACGC